AUGGAUGCUAGCAUAGAACAUGUUUUUAUUGCGCUUCAGGAACCUGCUUCUUUUCCACAGAAAGCACUACUGAGCGAUCCUGCGGAGGGGAAACCUGCCAACUUGACACAGAUGAUCUCGGAGUUGUCGUCGUCGCAAGCUGAUAAACUGUUACCGCUGGAACUAAACGAGAUAAUAAAUGACAACAAAUUGGUCAUCCGUAGCUUGAGCGACAAAAAUAACCCAGACUGGAAUGCUAUUGUGGAGAAGCUAUAUAGUGCGGAAUCCAGACUUAAGGAUAUUUCAGAUCGUGCGAUACACGAGAUGUUGAAGUCUAACGUUUCUGGCCUGACGCUUUCCAGUAUUGAAUUGCUGGAUAAGAUGCUAUUAGAGUCUGUUGCUAACGACAUAACACGUUUCAACCCCCCCAUGUACGAUUGCCUCUUCAAGAACCUGUCAAAAUUGAACCCAGCAAACAGUAAUGUUUCCGACUCAGGACAGGACCCUGCUCUUCUGAAAUUGAAAGAAUUACUAGACAGAUUUGACAACCUUCCAUCAAAGGCCAAAAUGUACAAUAUGGUGCUGAACUACUGUCUCACGUAUACGGCCAAAUUACACAGCGUCCCAGAAAUGGACUAUUUCUUGCAGAGGUUCAAGCAUUUGUACAAAGUAGCCCCUGAUAAAGGUAACUUGACCAAAGUGAUACAGUUUUAUCAGUCAAUGAACUUACCGGAGAAAGCAUGGGACACUUUCGACACAAUGAAGUUUUUAUCAGCAGAACAUUAUCCUGAUAUAGUAACUUACAACACAAUGCUGAAGAUAUGUGGUGACACCAAGAAUUAUGCGAGAGCGCUUGACCUAUUCCAUGAACUGAGGGACAAAAAAAUGACUCCAACCACGCAAACGUUCAAUAUAAUGGGCUCGAUCUUGGCCAAGUGCAGCUCAGACAAUAUAACGGCAGAGGGAAACGACGAAGCCUUACGGCUACUGGGAUGGAAGUUUAUCAGUAAACUGAAUACACUUGAUGACGUCUACAGUGUGGGCACGAUGAUGGCCUUAAGCGCCUAUGAUGGUGAUGUUGCCGUUGCGAGGGCGCUCUAUUUUGAAUAUACCAUGAACGAAUACAGGAAAAAGAGACAGUCUCAAAUCACCGAGGGAAACAUUUGGUCAUCAGUUUUUAACCCGAUACUGUUUAAUUAUUUGUUGUUGGCAUAUUCCAAGUUUGACCCAACGAGAAGACCGCUGUUGCUUGAUUGGGAACAGGGUCAAGAGACAAGACGGAACUUAUUGAACGAUGUAGACUACACCAUGAGAUCCCAUGAGGACUGCCCCAUAAUCCUUCCAAUGUUACCGAUGAUUGAACUUCCAAAUUCUGAGUACGUUCUUGCUGAAUCGAACGCUCUGUGGCAUUUCCAUUUGAUCAAUGGCGACGUUUCGAAUAGUUUAUUUUCUACUCCGGAAGGUCUCAAUUACGAGAAGUUACAAGAAUUAGGGAUUGAAAAUGAGACCUUCCAAGAAUUUAAAUUUUCGGUUCUUUCUCUGGUCAAUCAAUGGAGAAGGAGCCAAAUAAACUCAACCAUUUUGAAUCACACCUGUUUAACAACAUUUCUAACAAUCCCCAUUCGUUUAAAUGACGAGGAGAAAUUCGAGGAAAGACUGACAAACUAUACCUUCCAACAGUCAGAGUUGGACCAACAUUUACAUUCUGCGUUUCAAAGAACGAUUGGAGACAUCGCUUCACAUGACGGGGAAGCCGUUGUGGAAGCUCAACACACGAAGGAUAUCGACUAUCUAUCAUCACUGAGACACAAAAUUGUUAUGAAUUGUUCCACAUACGAACUUUGCAUGAAAGCGGCUAUCAAGUUUGACGAUAUAGAUCUUGCUACCAAGACUUGGAAAAAUCGUGGCCAAUUUCGGAAAACGCCACAAUACAGCAAGUUAUCCCUGAAAGAAAGGAUUAAUAGAGAUUCAACAUUUGCUCAAUUAAUGGUGGCGUUUUUCACUGCCAGGAAGCAGUAUUCAGAUGCCCUGAAAAUCAUUCUCUCUUCUUUGAGGUAUAUUGACUGGAAGUAUCCCAUGGUAAGAGACUUGCAUAGAGGGUUGGUCGAACUAGAGGAUAGAGAUUCCGUGAGUACGCUUCUUGAUGUGAUAAAGACGCGUGAUCCAAUCAAGGAUCUCGACAUGAAAAUCAAAGAACUUUCACUUUGA